UCUGAUUGGCUGUUCCGAGAAAAUGACUAGUAUCCGAGGAUUUGGGCAGAGACCCACGAGUAUACUAGGCAGGAUUGCGUUUGGGAGGAGGCGGGACUUCUGGGCGUUGGGCGCGAGCAAUUUGAAAGACUGUUGGUGUCGGUUUGGCAGCUAAAGUCGGAUUCUGCAGUCCCAACCCGGCUCAAUGGCAAACCCUGAGGCGGUGCGGAUUUCUUCGCCGCCCCCGCCGUCUCCUUCGUCUCCCUUGUCUUCAGACGCCUCGUCAACAUCUUCCCCCGGCGUCCCAGUGAGUUUGGGCUGGCCAGUUCCAAGCAGAAGCAGCGGCCGAACAGUGGACCCUCUGGAGGAAGUGGAGCUGCAGAUCGGAGACGCUGCAUUUUCAUUAACCAAACUACUUGAAGCCACAUCUGCAGUAUCAGCUCAAGUGGAAGAGCUCGCCUUCAAAUGCACAGAAAAUGCACGUUUCCUUAAAACAUGGAGGGACCUCUUGAAAGAAGGCUAUGAUUCUUUGAAGCCUGACAACUGAUUUGGCUGUGUAGUAAUUCAUACUUGCUCAUUUAUGAUAUUUGCACGUGUGCCAUACGUAUAAGGUAGUUCUGUGUAUUCAGAAUGAAAUUAUUUUGGUUUCCUUCACUUUUGUGAAAGCAGAAUACUGAUGUCGUAUUUGAUGCUGGUAAUAUUUAUCUUUAAAUAGUUUCUGUCCUCUAAACUUUCAUAGGCUCUUUUAUGGAAGUUAAUUUCAUCAGUAGAUAAUGUUAUCUGCAGUAUUAAUAGCAGAAAAAAAUGGGUAAAGCAUUGUUCUAUUUAAUUUGCAAGAAGAUGCCAAGAAUGCCAGAGUUUGAAGUUGAGCUUUAUUAUACAGACUGAGGGAGGUAGCUUUAAGGUUACCAAUGCUGGCCGCAUUCCACUAGGCCAAUUCCCUGGAACUAACGAUUAUGUCUUACUUGUGUAACCCCAUCACCUAGAACAACAAUAGUGUCACACAAUAAUCAGUCAGUGUUUGUUGAAGAGUUGACAGUACAGUUUAAACCUGUUUUUUGUUCCUGUUUUUAGCAUGAAAAUUGUAAUUGUUUUUCUAAAAAAUAAUUGACUCAGAACCUCACUCCUUGAAGGAAUACAUUUUUUUAAGAGAAUUUGAACUCUAAUUGAGGACAGCCUUUUAAAAUAUAUGAUAAAUAUUUUUUAU